UAAAAAGCUGUAACAUUAUGACAUUAUUUCCUCCUGUCAGCUGUGCACAUGAGAACAACAGGAAACUCAGGCAACCCCUCCCACCGCUGCAAACAGCAGCAGUUUUAAGUUAAGUGCCCAGCCAGCUGCUCCCUGUGAAGACGCAGACCAGCUCAGACCUGACUCGGAUCUGCUCACCUGUGUGCAUUAUGGAGCUCUUGGCCAUGUUGAUUUUAGUAGGGCUGCUUGUUGUUUUGCUGUGGCUGCGGAGCCUGAGGAGCAGUCGGCGGUUUCGUUUACCUCCUGGACCCUCUGGCCUGCCUCUCAUAGGAAACCUGCUGCAGCUGGACAAAAGGGCUCCUUUCAAAACUCUGCUAAAGCUCAGUGAGAGCUACGGGCCUGUGUUGACUGUGUACCUGGGCCCUCAGCGCACUGUGGUCCUGGUGGGCUAUGAUGCGGUGAAGGAGGCGCUGGUGGACCAAGCAGAUGACUUCACGGGCAGAGGUCCCAUUCCUUUCCUGGUGAAAGCUACCAGGGGAUAUGGUCUGGGGAUCAGUAAUGGAGAUCGCUGGCAGCAGUUGCGCCGCUUCACCCUGACGACCCUGAGAGACUUUGGGAUGGGACGCAAGGCGAUGGAAGAGUGGAUCCAGGAGGAGAGCAAACACCUGGUGGCCCGCAUAAGUAAUACCAAAGCUACACCUUUUGAUCCCACUUACUUCUUGAGCUGCACUGUGUCCAAUGUGAUUUGCUGCUUGGUGUUCGGUCAACGCUUCAGCUAUGACGACGAGCACUUCCUGUACCUUCUGCAAACAAUCUCAGAGAUUGCCAGAUUUGGUAGCAGUCCCUGGGGUCAGCUGUAUAACGUCUUCCCUUGGCUGAUGGAAAGGCUGCCAGGCCAACAGCACAAAACGUUUAGCAGGAUUGAAGUGCUGAGGCAGUUUAUAAUGAAGAAGAUCCAGGACCACCAGGACACGCUGGACCCCAGCUUGCCCAGAGAUUACAUCGACUGCUUCCUCAUGAGACUCAGUCAGGAGAAGCACAUUUCCACAUCUGAGUUCCACUAUGACAACUUGGUGUCGACGGUGAUGAAUCUGUACCUGGCAGGAACUGAAACCACCAGCUCAACUAUCAGAUUUGCACUAAAUGUACUAGUCAAAUACCCAAAAAUACAAGAGAGCAUGCAGCAGGAGAUCGCCACUGUGAUUGGAAAGGAGCGCUGUCCUUGCAUGGAGGACAGGAAGUCCCUGCCUUUCACAGACGCAGUCCUGCAUGAAAUUCAGCGUUUUAUGGAUAUUGUCCCCAUGAGCAUCCCUCACUACGCACUCAAGGACAUCUCUUUCAGGGGUUACACUAUUCCCAAGGAUACAAUAAUUAUUCCCUUGCUGCACUCUGUUCUGAAAGACGAAAAACUGUGGGAGGCCCCUUGGUCCUUCAACCCACAGCACUUCCUGGAUCAGAAUGGCAACUUUAAGAAAAAUGCUGCUUUCCUGCCAUUCUCUGCAGGAAAGAGAUCUUGUGUUGGAGAGUCCCUCGCUCGCAUGGAGAUCUUCCUCUUUAUGGUGUCACUUUUGCAGAGUUUCACCUUUUCUUGCCCUGGAGGACCUGACAGCAUAGAUGUCAGCCCCGAGUACAGCAGCUUCGUCAAUCUGCCUCGCAGAUACAACAUCAUUGCCACGCCUUGCAAGUGAUGCCUUGCGGCACAGUCCUGGGUUUUCAACCUUUCUCUCUGGCCUUCAAGCUCCAAAAGGUGGAUUACAUUCAUUCUAAGGGACCUAUUUUUUGUGUGCAUGUGUACAUUGAGCACAUUAACUUCUCUAGUGCCUGUAAAUCUUGAGGUUUGCCAUGACAUCACGAAAAACGUAGACAGCGUCUUCUCAGAGCCAACAGGAGCACAUGUUGGCACAUAACCUCAGAAUGUAGAACCUGAGUGGGCUUCGAUGGUCCCCAAAUCCUGUUUUAAAAACUGCACUUACACUUUAAGUGGUGGGAAUCUCCACUGGUAUUGCCAAGUAAGCAGCUGACUUUCUGAAAUAUUUUUGUCACACAUAAAUACUCUUCAGAUUGAACUCCUGCAGUACAAACAAAUGUUUGCAUUUUAAUUUCAUUUAAGUGGUGGUAAAGGAAAAACAAACUGGAAUCUGUUUUCUAAUGUGACUUUGCUGAACUCCUGCUGAGAUAGUAACUGAAAGGUGACAUUAAAUAUUGUCUCUUGUGGAAAUGACUGUAAAUGGUGUGAAUGGAAACUUAAAGAAGAAUGUAAAGAAUUGUAUUCUACUUUAUUUUUUACUGAUUAUGCAAUAAAUACCGAACGUUUCUUGUGACUGA